AUGUCUCUUGCUAUGGCUCUCUCUGAAGAGGCCUUCAAGGGUUGUCGAGUAUUUAUAAUUGCUGAAUGUGUUGAAGAUGAUGCCUUGAAAGAAAAAAGGGAAAUUAAUGUGAUGAGUGAUCAGAGGACAAAUAAAUCAAGAAAAAUAAUGGAUGUGAACGAGAUGGUUAUGUCCACUUGUAGCAAAAAUAUAAUGAAAAAUGGUGCAAAUAUUCUCUGGGACAAAAAGGCUGCAAGUGACACCCCCACUUCGUAA